AUUCCAACGAUAAAAUCUGAAUUCUGAUGACAGAGUCAGACAAAUCAGAGGGAAGUCAAAAACAGGGUACAAUACUUUGACUUCGUAUUUUUAACCAGAUUAAGUUUCCAUUGAAAUACGUUAACAAUUCAUCAAAUAAAAACCCCAGUUUAAUCCCAGAAAAAAAAAGAACGAUAAGACAAGUAUAAAUAGUACUUUGAAUAAUUUCACUGGGCAUUAAAGCGUUCUCUGUCGUCCUCAUUAACUGCAUUGGAUUACAUUAACUGUUAACUUUAUUCUCGCAAACUGAGAUCAUUCCGUGCAGUAUAUUGGUUAUUCAGUGUGCUCUCGAACGCCACUGAGUAAAUUUUUGGCCCCAACGUACCAUUUUGUCAUUCAAAAUUACGGACCAAAUGAUGGCUGGUUCUGCAUUGCGGAGGUUGAUGGCAGAAUAUAAGCAAUUAACAGUAAAUCCGCCGGAAGGUAUUAUAGCUGGGCCUAUAAAUGAAGAUAACUUCUUCGAAUGGGAAGCCUUCAUAACAGGUCCUGAAGGCACGUGUUUUGAAGGUGGCAUUUUUCCAGCAAAAUUAGUCUUCCCACCUGAUUAUCCAUUGAGUCCUCCAAAGAUGCAAUUUUUGUGUGAAAUGUUUCAUCCGAACAUAUAUGCUGAUGGUCGGGUAUGCAUAUCAAUCUUACAUGCACCAGGUGAUGAUCCAAUGGGCUACGAAACCAGUGCUGAAAGAUGGUCACCUGUACAAAGUGUCGAAAAAAUACUGCUCUCUGUUGUCAGCAUGUUAGCAGAACCCAACGACGAAAGUGGAGCCAAUGUCGAUGCUGCCAAAAUGUGGAGAGAAGACAGAGAACAAUUUAAUAAAAUAGCCGAAGAAAUCGUAAGGAAAACUCUGGACCUGCCCCCUCCUUAAUAUUUUAUUUCUUGAUUAUUUUAUAUCAAUAUCUAAAUGAGAUGCUAAGUAAAUGCUGAAAUGGAUAUCACGUUUAGGUACGGUAUUUUAUUAUUCGCAAAUUAUAUUUAUAAUGUUAUAUAAUAUAUUCACUUUUAACAAACAUUUUUAUCAACUUUUAUCUGCAAAGCUCAUGCAUAAAAUAUUAGAAUGUUGCCAACUAGUUUUGGAAGCCUUAUUAGACUUUGCUUGUUAUAUCAAUUAUAUUGACUUAAGGAGCGUCAAUUAACAAACCGAUUGACCUCUGGUCAUUUUAUUUAUCAUGAAAGAGAUAUGAAACUUUUAACAGAAAUAAUGUUUUGUAUUUAUAAAUGUUGAAGUUACAAUUUGUUAAACUACAAUAAUUAUAUUCAUAUAAAGGUUUUUAACAUUAAACUUUAUGAGACCUGCUUAGCCAAUCGAGGAAAGCAUCACGGGCUUGGUACUGCAAUGUAAAAUUUACAGAACAAAUUUCCUACUUAAUUAAUUCUAGUUUUGAGUAGCUGUGGUAGAGAGGGUUUUGAGAACCUAUGAGUUGGUAUCAUAAUCAUAUUUAUAAUGAAAAAUGAAGCAAUAAUUUGUACAUGGUUUGAAGAUUUUUGGGUAUGUAUUUUAUUAUAAUGUGAUGGAUUCUGACAUUUGUGUUGUGUAGUAGUACAAGAUGGUAAUUUAACUAAAAAAAAAAUAAAGUUCAAAUAUAGACAUGGUUUUAAUAGGCUAUUUAGAUUUUAUUAUUGCAAUGUUGAGUAAUAUAAUGAAUCUUGUUAAAACAUAAGAGUUAUUUACAAAUGUUUUAAAAGUUAAAGAAUAUGCCAAUAAUAAAGGGUUGUUAACAGAUCGUUUCCGAAGCCGAAACGAGAAUAAAUAGCUAAUCUAAAGUGAAAGUGUACUGUGAACUACCUAAGUAGAGCAAUAAAAAACAAAGAGCUAUGAAUGUUAUGGAAAAACUAACAUAAUACUAAAUACUUCUUGUUUAAAAAAAUAUGAAUUAAUGUCCCAGUAAUGUACCUAAAUGUAAACAAGCAAAUUAUGAUUAUGUUCCUCACUCAACAUUGUAGGUCCCAUGAGUCACUUGAUUUUAUUAUAACAGACCAAAUGUAAAUGAGUAAAUAAAUUCCUAAAAUGGAAUUAAUAUUUCAGGAGCGAUUUCAAACAACCUGUAUAAUAAUAUUAUGUCUAUUUAUAUAUAUACUGAGAUAAAGUGUGACAUAAUUGAAUUAAAAAAAAUGACAAAAUAAAAAAGCAAUAGAUCUUCACAAAUAUAUAUUUUUAUACUAUUUAAAUGUAAUAAUAUACACUGAUAUACAUUUGUUAUAAAGUUGCAGUUUUUAUUGAGAUAUCCAGUAAUUUGUGCCUCAAAUGAUUGCCUAGCGAAAUUUGUUGCUACAGCAAUUUCCAUAUAAUACCAUCAAGAUACAGUUAUUACAUCAAGAUAGUUAUAAACAAAUUUUUCAUAUUUAAAAAAAAGUUGUAAACUAUUUACUAAAUUAACCAAAUUUAUGAAAAUUAUAGUUAACUUCCUUUUUGAUAAAUACGAAAGCAUUAGAUUUCAUCUUUGUACUUAUUAUUAGUCCACAAAAUAGUUGGUUUGAAUUCAAUUGAGAUGUUUUUGCAAACACCUAAAUUACUCACAGCACUUGAUAUUUAAUUUGGUUUUAAAUAUUUUAUUAUUAUAUUAAAUUAAAUUAUAUAAACUAUACUUAAUUUUUUAUUUAAUGACAUUUUUAUUACAAUACAAAGAGCCAUUUAGAUAGAUUUUAUCACAUGUUUCAUAGUGAGAAUUGACAUAGUAAGUACUUUUGUGAAAAAAUCGCAGUACUAUCAUAUGAACUUGGCACACAAGCAAGAAUCAAAAUGUCCCCUAUGGGUGUGUCAUCCGAGAUUUAAAAGUAUCUUGUUCUUUCAAAUUCAUAUGAAUAUCAAACGAGUAGUUUUGGGUGCGAGUUUGGUCAUUCAAAUUUGCUAAUUUUAUACAGAUACAUUCAUUAAACAAUAUUGUGGCGAUCAUUGUCCGCGUAUUAGGAGGAGAAUUGCUUAAAUCUACAUUAAAAAACUUUUUGUAAACAAGAAACUCUCCAUCUAACUGGCCUUUAACUUAAAAGUGAGUCACAGAUUUUUUCAAUUUGAAGGAACGGUAUUCUGUGGUGGUUUUCCAAUUACAGCACAAGAGCGCACUAUGCGGCAUAAUGCUCAACGUUGAAUGUUGCAACUACAGCAACGCUUCGCACAAUCGAGCACUCUCAAAAGUACUGCUCUCGCGUGAUGCGUGCAAUCGAUACCGACUUUUUCUUUAAUUUGGCAUUGAUCGAAAUUUUGUUUAUAUUAUCGUUAGUAAUAUUAUUUAAUGUUGAAAAAAAUUGUACGGCUUUCGUUUCGUUGUAGUUUCUUAGAAAUAAUCAAUGUUAAUUAGAACCGUGCUAACUUAGCGCACUCUGCUGAUGCAUUUGAACUCUAAUUCACGUUCCAAUUAAGCUUCAGCAUAAUUCGGCAUUAUGCUCUGUAAUUGGAAAAUUACCAUUAAUAACACGUUUCGGUAUUUUACCGGUGUUAAACAAUAAGCUUGAGAGAAACUGAAAAAGUGUCCACAAUUUAACCACUCAUUCGUCUAUAGAAUGCCGGUGCGAAGUCUGUUGUAAUAGAAAUGUUGUUGUCUUAUCUAAAUUGAACACCAAGAUAUUUAUAUUUUUCAUUAAAAUAAUAAUUAAUCGUU